AAACACGUCGCCUCUACACACAACAUGGCGUCGACCGACAGGUGCUUUCAUCAGUCUUAACUGAAGACAUGAGAUUCAGUGAGGUAAGAAAACGAAUGGUGCAUUAAUGAUGCAAUGGCCUCCAAAAGUGACACCCCUCGACUAGAACAAAAGCCUGCUGCUUCUAUCAUUUUGAAACACCCACAAGACACGGAUAACCUGCAAGACCAUUUAGACAGGUGCACGGGUGACACCACUGCAUCUGCGGAUGAAGGAAUUGGUCCCACACAUCUGGAACAUUUACAAACCGCACCUCAAACCAACCUAGAAAGGAAAGAUUCGGAUGAAGACUUAUUCACUCCCGGCAGUUCUGGAAGUGUUUCUUUGGAUUCCAAUCUACGAGACGUUGAAGGAUUCAGCCUUCUCGACAGUCGCGAUCGAACUGGCAACCAAUCUGAUGUUGUUGACGAUCGCGAUGCCGCAAUCACCGCGGAUAAGGAGAAUGGGUUACCGGAGGACAAUGCCCAGUGCACAGUUAUAUCCCCAGAGCAAUUGCAAAGACUUGAGCAGGAAUCACCAGCAAAUGAUGAAGUCCUGAAAGGUGCUGCUCCCAUAGCCACUGACAAGCAACAACCUCACCUGGACCACACAGAUGGCUACGAGAACACAAAUGUCACAGAUGACUUCAUUGAAAGUGUCAGCGUUCAUGGCUCGAAAGACGAUUCUAGUAAACAUGACGCCGAAAAUGACGCUGAAAAUGACGCUGAAAUUGACGAUUCCGUAAACCAGACUGAAGACGCUAUUCCAUCUAUGGCUGUGCGUGUAGGCAAGCAGACGACCAAGAAGGAGGCGGACAAGGAGUCUUCACUAGAAACAGAAGAGCCGCCUUCGGUUAUUAAGGGACGCGUGUCUUGUCCCACCUCGGCGCAGAAACAAAAACAACAUCAACAACAACAACAACAACAACAACAACAAGAUCAACAUCAACAACAACAACAACAACAACAAACGCAGAUAGCGCGACUGCCGUCCCCGAAGGCAGGAGUCCGUGGAACUGUAAAGGGGGCCACAGGAAACAUGCUGAGCAGAGGACGGAUUCCGCCGAAACUGAUUCGACUGGCAACAGUUACAGUGGCAACAAGAACCAGGACACCACGAACUCCAUCCCACGUACCAAGUUUGUAUUACCAGGAGCCGUUCAAGAGACAAAAGGUCAUAUCGUGGGAUGUUGCCAACAACGCGCGCCCCCCUCUCCGAAUCGACAUGGAGGGACCUGGUCCCUGCAGCUACUCUCCGAGAAAUAAACCUCUAAACGAAACCAACGCCCCGUCGUUUACAUUCGGAUCCAAAUGUUACAUAGAAAAAGAUGGUGGUUCUCGUACAUCUUGGGAGAAGAGCUGGUUUCAGAGUCCUCACGUCUGGACUAACAAAACUGAUUUCAGUAGCGAUGGGCCGUGGCCGGCCCCGUCAAGUUACAGGCAGCUCAGUUUAUUUGGUCCUCGACAAAGAACGGCCACGGAGGCCCCUUCGUACUCCUUCGGGCGGAAAAGCGCGGUGUUUUCCUUAAAUAAACCAGGAUCGGACAAAGAACCCUCACCAGUGGAAUACGAUCGCCACCUGGCGGACAAUUUAAUUUUGACGAGACAACCCUCAUUUACUCACCAGUUCAGAGUCCACGGCACGGUGUUGUGGGGCAGUCGCGAACUGACGCCGGGGCCUGCUGCAUACUCGCCGAAAAUAGCCCCUAGUCGAUUCCGAACAGCUUUCACCAUACAAGGAACACGCAGAGAAAAAUCGCAAAAACUAGGACCCUUCUCCACGUUUUGAAAGAUUCAUGUUUACAGUUACCAAAAGUUUGAUAAGACUGAGCUGCUGAUAAUUGUCAUUAAUUUUACCAAUAAGCCUACUUACUUCUUUGGAAAUGCUUUAUUUAAAAAAAAAUAAUAAUAAUAAAGAUGAGAAGUAGGUCCUAUGUUUUUAAAGGAACAAAUUGAAAUCAAAAUCGUACAUACGUUUUCUUCUAAAUACGGAAUGCAAGCAAACGUUACUGAAAACGUUGAUUGUUGAAUAAAUAGCUGUAUACCAUUGUAAAUGGUAAAGAAUAUAUGUUUUUAAUGAAAACACAGAGGACCUAACCCUGAUUUAAUUGCCUGGUUUUGGUAACUAAAGUUUGACAGCGGGGCGGAUCUUUGUGCUUUUCCGUACCCAUUCCUGGAUAUAACAUUUGUUUUCAUGUAUUCUUUUUUCCUGAGUUUGCUGCACUUUGUAAGAUGUUAUCGACUAAAAGAGACUUUUCAACUAUUGUAAUUAUAUAUAAAAAAAAAAAAAUUUGCAUAAAA